AUGUCCUACGAACGUGGCUACGGAAACUCCAACCCCGAGUACGGCGGCGGCGGCUCCUCCGGAGCUAACUACUACGACCAGAACGCCGACUUCUCCGACCGCCCUAACGAGUCUCAGUACCGCGACACCCGCUACUCCGGUCCCGGCGAGUACUCAGGCGGCGAUGACUUCAGCAGCGCUGCGCACCACGCCCAGGAGCACCAUUCCUCCGAGGACCGCGGUCUCUUCGAAUCCGCGCUGUCCUUCCUCAACGAGCGCAAGUCGGAGUAUGCUGAUCCGUCCCGCUACGACGUCGACGAGCAGCACGCCGUCAAUGCUCACCAGGCUAUGUAUGGUGGCGGCAGCGACGAGGGUCGGUCCCAUGACUCCGGAACCGUGGGCGCUGGCGCAGCCAUGCAGGCGCUGAAGAUGUUUACAUCCGGGGGUAGCUCAGAUGGCGGUAUGGAUAAGAAUAAGCUGAUUGGAAUGGCGAUGGCGCAGGCAGGCAAGCUGUGGGAUGAGAAGCAGGGUUCUGGAGCCAAUAUUUCUGGUGAUAAGCAGUCGGCAGUCAACUCCGCUGCGGAGAUGGCGCUGAAGAUGUACAUGAAGAGCAAUGGGGGUGGUUCUAGUGGCACUGGUGGACCGGCUGGCCUGAUGAGCCUGGCGAGCAAGUUCUUGUCCUAA